CUUGGUGAGAUUGGAAGACUCUCAUCAUCAAUCAAAGAAGAUCGAAAAAGGGAUUAAGAAUGGCCAAGUACCAAGUAAUGAUGAGGAGUAUCGUGCUAAGCUUAAACAGUCUAACGAGAGGAGUCUUGCUUUGAUCAAAUCAGCCAUGGAAAUUGUUGUAGCAGCUGGUCUUCUCCAGUUAUCUUCAAAGAAGAUCACACCUCGUGUCACCGGAGCUUUUGGAUUCAUUACCUCCAUCAUUUCUUGUUACCAGUUACUUCCUACACGACCCAAGAUCAAAGCACCUUGA